UCCCUGGCCCCCUCCCCCCCCCCCUGGUGAAAGGUCACAGAAAAAUGGCGACUCGCAGAGGCAGUGUAGCUGCGCGGCUUGCAAUCCUCACAUUGAAGCAUGCAUCAUCCCUCUCCAGAUGCAGCUUUGCUGUCUCUCGUGUGCUGUACUCCACAGUUUCGGAUCUAAAUGAACCAACAUUUGACAAAAUCCUUGUUGCAAACAGAGGAGAGAUUGCCUGCCGGAUCAUUAAGACUUGCAAGAAGAUGGGCAUAAAAACAGUUGCAAUUCAUAGUGAUGUGGACUCCAAUGCUGUUCAUGUUAAAAUGGCAGAUGAGGCUUCCUGUGUUGGACCAGCCCCCACCAACAAAAGCUACCUCAACCUGGAUGCCAUCAUGGAAACCAUUCAAAAGACCGGUGCCCAAGCUGUCCACCCAGGAUAUGGGUUUCUUUCAGAAAACAAAGAAUUUGCCAGACGUCUGGCUGAUGAAGGUGUCACCUUCAUUGGACCCGACACACAUGCAAUUCAAGCCAUGGGAGACAAGAUCGAAAGCAAACUAAUAGCUAAGAAGGCAAAAGUCAACACAAUCCCUGGCUUUGAUGGAGUGGUCAAGGAUGCUGAUGAAGCUGUCAAAAUUGCCAGGGAAAUUGGCUACCCCGUCAUGAUCAAGGCCUCAGCAGGAGGCGGUGGGAAAGGCAUGAGAAUAGCCUGGAAUGAUGAUGAGACCAGGGAAGGGUUUAGAUUUUCUUCACAAGAAGCAGCUUCAAGUUUUGGUGAUGAUCGGCUUUUGAUAGAGAAGUUCAUUGAUAAUCCUCGUCACAUCGAAAUUCAGAUUUUAGGAGAUAAACAUGGCAAUGCACUCUGGUUGAACGAGAGAGAAUGCUCCAUUCAGAGAAGGAACCAGAAGGUAGUUGAAGAAGCCCCAAGCACUUUUCUGGACCCUGAAACUCGAAGAGCUAUGGGAGAACAAGCAGUGGCAUUGGCCAAAGCUGUCAAUUAUUCCUCUGCUGGUACAGUCGAAUUCCUCGUGGAUUCUAAGAAGAACUUCUAUUUCUUAGAAAUGAACACUCGUCUUCAGGUUGAGCAUCCUGUCACCGAAUGUAUUACUGGCCUGGACCUGGUCCAAGAAAUGAUCCGUGUUGCCAAGGGUUACCAACUUUGUCACAAGCAAGCUGAUAUUCCCAUCAAUGGCUGGGCCAUUGAAUGCAGAGUUUAUGCAGAGGAUCCCUACAAAUCUUUUGGGCUGCCUUCGAUUGGCCGUCUUUCUCAAUAUAAAGAGCCUCUACACGUGCCCAAUGUCCGAGUUGAUAGCGGCAUUCAAGAAGGAAGUGACAUCAGUAUUUAUUAUGAUCCAAUGAUAUCAAAAUUGGUUACGUACGGAGCUAACCGUGCAGAAGCAUUACAGAGAAUGCAAGAAGCACUAGACAAUUACGUAAUUCGAGGAGUGACCCAUAACAUUCCACUACUUCGAGAAGUUAUCAUUCACCCACGAUUUGUGAAAGGAGAUAUCACCACUAAUUUCCUCCCAGAGGUCUAUCCAGAUGGCUUCAAAGGACAUACGUUGUCAAAUUCUGAGUACAAGGAACUGCUGGCUACUGCUGGAUCCAUUUAUGUCGCUGCUUUGCUGAAAGCUCAGAGAUUUCUUGAAAAUUCUACAAGGACAGUUCAGCAAGACGCUAGUUCUUGA